AAUCGAUAGUGAACGAAAUCGUUAAAAUGCAAAAGCCUCGGAGAAUUUAUUGAAAAUUGUUCAUUAUUUAAAAAUUUAUUAACUUUUUUAAAAUUUACGUUCAUGUCAUUUUGUAUGAAGAAUAAAAUGGCUAAUAAUAUAGUACAAUAUGUUAUUGUGAGAGGCGAUUUAAAAUGGCCAACCGGCGCUCUGAUUGGCCAGGGUUGUCAUGCAUCUGUAGCGGCUAUUUACAAAUAUUUAAAUGAGCCAGAAACUACAGAAUAUCUGGCUAAUUUGGAUCGUAUGACUAAAUUGGUUUUAAAAGCCGAAUCAGAAGAGCAAAUAUUGAAAACUAGUGAAUUGUUAACGGUUAAUCAAAUCAAACAUUAUUUGUGGCGUGAACAACCAGAAAAUUAUGUUACAUCGUUGGCAACUGCACCUUAUGAUCGUAAUAUUCUCCGACCUUUACUGCAAGAUUAUAAACUUUUUCGAUGAUUUAUUAAAAUAGUUUUUUUUUAUUAAA